AUGGACACUCUUCAGAAUGGACAAGAACAAGAUGAGAAUUAUGAGUUCAUCCUCAGCGCGUCCUCUGCGAUUGAGGAGAUGAUUUGGAAAACAGAAAGUUUGAAAUACUCCGCUGCGCUUUCGGAAAUGGCGAAGCCCGGUGGAGUUUGGGAUCCUCGAAAAAGAUCAUCAAUGGAUUCGAUGGCCAUAUCACGCAAGGCCCAUGUUCAACAGAUAGUGAUCAAGAAGACACACUAUCCACACAGUUUGGACGAGCCCGGUAGUCCAAUUAGUAGCGAGAUCGAUCGGCCGAGCAAUACACCAGUCGCACGCGGUGCACCGACUAUUACUGCCAAACGCGUCGAUCGAAUUCGACUGGAAAGACAAAUCAUCGAUGUCUACACUCGAGAUGUAUUGCCCCUACCAGGUAUGGUACUUGGUCGAGGGGACUUAUUUAGGCGAGGGUCGAUCAUGCGACGCCUCAGCCUCCACGCUACCUUUGCCAAACGAUCUAGUUCCGUCAGCACGUCUCAUUCAGGACCGGCGAUGACUGAUGCACGAUCCAUCGAUGAUUAUAGCGGCGAGGAGAAGGAACUGGUCACGAGUCACGAAGGAAAUGAGGAGCAACGUCAGUCGACGGAACCGGAUUGCGAGUCGCCCAGGACUCCGACCUCAACACUUGGACGUUCGAGGACAAUUCGAUUUCGGAGCACUCCCAGAGGAAAUACGGGACCGGCAUCUUCCCCGCGCAGUGACAAGGGCUCCAGCCAGGAGAGUAACCCUGAGACCUCCCCGUCGCGAAAGAAGUGGCCCUCGCCCAUCUCGUUAUUCAGUGCGCUGUCGCCGAAGCAUCUGAUGCGGCCGCGAUCAGGGCCGGGCUCAGGCAUCUGA